AUGGCAGAGAUCGAAGUCCAAAGCGAUAGCGACAAUGACACCUUCAGCGACAUACUGAACGAUACGGUGAACAACGUCAUUGAUCAAGUCAACGAAACGGUCACUGAAACGUUCGUUGCCUUCGAUGCCUACUUCAGCAAUUAUCACAACUGGGAUGACUAUGUCGAUGGCGUCACGGAGAACAUAUUGGAAGACGGAUUUGAUCUUACAGACCUUCUGCCGCCGACCAUCAACGUCUCAUCUUUCGAUAAUGAAUUGGACCUCGCUAUACCCGCCACCACAAUCACUUUUCGCUUCGAAGAUCUGGACUUGUACCUCGAGCUCGAAACCAAGCUUAAAGCAUCCGCGACAUACACAUUGAAGCUUAUGCCGCCUGGAGCGAAUCCUGUGGGCAUCGAGCUGCCAAAUAACAUCAAGUUCGGGGUCAUAUUCUCUGUCGACUUGAUCUUGGCCAUUGAUGGAGAACUGGAUAUCACCGGUGGACUGCACGUCAAAGUCGAUGAUCAUGUCGCCAUGAGACUCGAGCUUUUCGGCGACAAGGUGUCAGACAUGAGCCUUGAAGGCGGUCACUUUGAACUAUUGCCGGUGACCGUGCAAAGUGCCACCGCCUCGUUCACGGCAACGCUUCGACUGGGCGCCAAAGCAGCCAUGACUAUCGGAAACGUGAUACCCUUGACUGACGAGAUUCCUUCCCCUCUCAAGGACGCGAAAGUGGGCAACUUGUCGCUGAGCGACCUGCAGCUUGCCGGUGGCAUUUUGAUGGGUGUCAACGCCGAUGUUGCAGUCUUCAAGACGUCUUUCGAGCUGGUACCUGCCGAUCCCGACUGCCGGUUCAAAGUAGUUCAAGACUACAGCCUCGCCCUGGGUGCUACAGCUGGAGCUCAAGUCACCGUUGGCACAGUCAUGUACGGACCCGCCGUCGCGACGAGUACAGCGGUGUAUACCACGACACUCAACAGCUACUGUGUGAUUGAUGCCGCGCCCACGGUCACCUCUACCGCCGAAAAGCUGAAGCGACAGGCCACAGCCGGCGAGUACUCUACCGAGCUAACGACAACGCGGCUGUACUCCGCCAUCGAAUGUCCAGCUACCGUCACGGGCGAAUGUCCGGUGUCUUUGCAGACCACAAUGCACCAGAUCGAGACCACGUCGACGACGGUCUACGCUGCCAACGAAUAUGACCUUCCGAGCGAGUAUCCCACGGCAGCUACGUCCAUGGCCGCAAUCACUCGCAUCCCGCUCGGCACAGGAGCCCAAAAACUGGAGCGUAUAUCCGGUAGUCCGAGCGCCUACACUCCUGGUCCGACCUCCGUGAGUGAAUACGUCAACGAUGCAGUCGAAGCUGCGAAGAAGCACAGAUCGAUCGCAAUCGGUGUGGGUGUUGGGUUGGGCGUGCCGUUACUCGUUCUCAUCGGUGCGCUGGUAUUGUAA